AUGUUAAUCGAAUGUAGAUUUUGUUUGGAGGAGUUGGAGGUCCGAAUACCACAACAAGACUGCACAGAUAUAGAUUGUUUGAAACAAUCAAUCAACAAUCCAACGGCUACAACGACUUGUGGAUCAACACAUCAAGACCACCAACAUCAACACCAGCAACAACAGCUUGGACUAUCAUAUACUGAGUUAAGACCAUUACAUCAAUCAAAGAGAAAGAAGAAGGAUAUUGGAUGUAGAUUGGUACGACCUUGUGCCUGCAAAGGUACACAACAACAUGUCCACGUCAAGUGUCUGUGCGAAUGGAUUGCCAAGUGCAACAAGUGGUACUGUACGAUCUGCCAGCGCGUCUACAACCUCUCGCCCUCGCAGCUGCACUACUGCGUGGUCAAACUGCAAAGGAAGGGCGCGCUGAAGAACCUGCCGCCAAUAUACUCCAACUCGGACUUUUCCAGGUCGAGCUACUUCAUCCUCCUGGUGUUCAUGGGCACGCUGAGCAUGCUGAUGCUCCCUUCGACAUUGCCCCCACACACCCUUCAGUCUACGUCACCGCCCUCGUCGUCGGCGUCUGGCUACUCAUCGCUCAUGGUGUCGGCAGCCUCCAACACCUACUACAAUCCAAACCCGACGACGUCGUCGCCAAUGUUGGGGCGUCAGCAUCCGGUUCUGCCGCCGAGUAUAGCAGAGCCAAACGGCUCACCCUACUACAACUCGCAGAUAUCGCUGUUCUUCUCGUCCAGCUGCAAGGUUGUACAUCAAUCAUUGAGCAACAGCCUGCUGUUCAAUCAGAGGAUAUCAUCACUGUUAUGCAAGGACAGUCAACAACAACAUUCCCCUAGCAUCAAGGGAGUGUCAUUCACACAGGGUCCAAUACCCAGCUUCUUCAAUCGACUGACCACCGGUCAGCAGCAACAUCCAUCAAUGUCUCAGCAACAACAUCCUGGCAACUGUGGCAAUGGAAGCAGUCGUGAUGUAUUUGGCGAUAUCAUGGAGACAUUGUGCAACAUAUUGCCAGUAUGUGCCACAUCACGAGACCACAACAACAAUUGUAUUCAACUGGAUUCCAGGACAGCCCAAUAA